AACGUAAAUACUUACCCACUUCAUUUUGCUACAUAUAUUUUAAUUGUAAUUUGAUGAAAACAAAGCAGAUUGCUUGCAGAAAUCAUUUUUUUCUGGGUUUAAUUUAAAAUCUAUAUUUUAUGCGUGUAUGCGUGUAAAGGUUCUUUUUUCGAAGCAAAAUGUGAUUGUUCUAGAAACGAGCACACCGCUGUCAAAGUUUUAUCUGCUGACUGAAAACCACAAGUGAAAAGAUCGCAAAAUUGUUUCAAAAUUGUUCAGGUGCUUUAGUGAAUGACAAGAGUGAUUUUCUUUUAAUUUCAAGACGCGUUUAGUUGUGCUUAAGCUGUGUGUGUAAUUUUAUAUUUCAUUUAUUGUGGGAAGUGAAAUGCCCCUACGAGGUAGAAGUUUUCGCGGUUUCCCGUUUGAUGAGGAAGAGGGUUCCGGCGCGUGGAGCGAGCUAGCGGCGCGCCACCCGGACAUCGCGGCGCGACUCCGCCAGCGCCCUUCCACCUGGGCGAGAAAGCGGCGCCCCUCCAGCCAGGACGGCAUAGACGACACAGCCGACAGUUUCGGAGGCUUCGACAGAUUCCCCUUUGACGACAUCCCGCAAGACUUCAGAGAACACUUCCCUUCGCAUUGGAACAGGCGUUUCGGCUCCAGGGACGAACAGUUCCAGCAACCGACUUCCUCCCCUCCGCAGUCUCCCCAUCAACAGACCACCGCCACACAGACCGAACACGACGCGGGCCCUUCGCACCAGGAACAGACAUUACCCCAGUACGGUCUUAGAAAUACAGUUGAUCUAGGACAAAAGAGUGCCACAGACCCCAGCGUGGUUGACGCGGAUGAGAGAGUGCACAGGUCUGUGUCAGCGCCCCCUGAUCAACGCACCGUGAAUCCCAACAGCAAAAUGAGCGGACAGAAUCCUCAGGACCACCAACCCCAUUCCCCGCCGCAACCCGAGCAACAUUCGAACGUUAGACACAUCCCCAUAUUUGUGGAAGGCAGAGAUGAACCCGUGAUAAAUAGGUCACGGAAUGACCACGCAACCCAUUUCGCCGACCCCAAACCCACGUACGUGCCCCCGCCGCAACCCCAUAUCGAUAGAGAACAGUAUUUCGCCGAUGACGGACCCGCGGGUUUCCCCUUCUCGAAGAAUUUCUUCAGGCAGUCACCGCAACCUUUUACUAAACAGAAAAUGUACCCUCAAGCAUACGCUCGCAGCGGAUCUCCGCAAAGAUCUCAGUCGCCAAAACCUCAGAGCUAUCACGAGCACCCCGCUCCACGACCAGAGACUCCGUCCAGACCGCAACAGAAGCAAGCCCCGCCGCAACAGAAGCAAACUCCCCCGCAUCAAAAGCAACCUUCGCCGCAACAACGGCAGACCACCCCGCAACCCGCAACGUCGCCCCAAGCUCCGCAUCACGAGCAGGAUCCGCCGCAACAGCCUGCGCCCCAACAACAGACUCCCCAGAACGAUUCUCUCAAACAAAUUCUCACAAUCCAGGCUGAUGUCCUCAACCUCAUAACGGAAGUCGAGAACUUUAAAGGUACGAAAAAUGAUAAACACUAUUUAUUCCUGGACGAGAUGCUAACGAGGAAUCUUAUUAAGCUAGAUAACAUCGAGACUGAUGGCAAAGAAAGUAUAAGACAAGGAAGGAAGGAGGUGAUUAAGUGCAUUAACGAUUGUAUAGCGAUGCUCGAGAAGAAAGCUGAUAGUAGGGCGCUCACCACACCACCACCGCCAGAUGUGGAUAUGCAAAACACUGUGUCUGAAUCUCCAGCUGCCGAAAAACAGAAUGGAGACGUAGAAAUGAAAGAAAGUACCAAAGAGAAUAAAACCGUCCAGCUCCAAGAAGAAAAGGCGCAAUUACAAGAAAACGUUACAUCACCACAAGUAUCGACAGAAACAGAGAUGAAAGAGGAUCAAAAGCCCGAGGAAACAAAGCAAGACGUAUCGCAAACAAUCGAAAGCAAAGAACCUCUACCAUCCCAAACAACUGAAAAACAACCUGAAGAAUCCAAAACAAUAGAACCAACAGAAGUUCUACCACAAGCACCUCAAGAAGUUACUGACAAGAAACAGAACUCGAAGAAAUCCGGUAAGAAACGGGACAAGAGCAAAGAUAAGAAAGACGUUGCUAAGGAGGAAAUUGUAAAUAAAAAAGAAGCAAAAGAUUGUAAAGAUAAUAAAGAUAACGUAGGUAAGACAGAAGGGGAUGAAAAUGUUGUAAAUAAACAAGAGAAUGAAAAUAAAAAAGAUAAUGUAGAUAAUAAAGAGGAAAAGGAACCCGAAGUGAUGCAAAUUGAUACCACUAAACCCGAUUCGCAGUCGAUGGAAGUGGACGUUACUGCUAGUCAAUAAAUUUAGUUUGCAUUAGUGAAUUGUAUGUAGCCACACGGUUAGAAGCCGUCGCACGAGGCCCAAAGCCCUGUUUCUAUAUGACAUUGAAAUCGUUAAUAUACAAGAACCCUGUGACGUCACAAUUUGUUAAUUCAAGUAUUGAUUCCCACAAAUCAGUCAGUUAUGUGACGUCAGUUAAAAUAAGUUUCAGUCUCAGUAACUUUAUAGACUGAUGAUGUACAAUUUUUGUUCAGAACUCUAUGAUUUAACUAAACUUAUGGGCCUACAUAUUAGGAUACAACGAUGUAUAUGAGUAAAUACUAUUUAUUACAUGGA